AUGUCGGGCAGAAGCGCAUAUGUGCGGAAGAAGAUUACAGAAACACAGGCGGGAGAGAAAGGCUCAGUAUUAACAAGAGGUCGAGCAAAAUCACCAGAAAGCUUACGAAGCUCCGACCGCGAUGAUCUUGCUACCAGCGAGUACCCGUUGCCGCCAGGCACUGGCUACGGGACGACCAACGCGCGCUUUCUCAAGUUCUCAGAGCCGAUUCGAGACACGGAGCUGACCAACUUCAGUAAUCACAGCAGUGGCAGUCAGAGUGGCGAUAGUGCAGCAGGGCGACGAGAGGCUGGCACGGCGCAUCAGAAUGCGCCGAUGCCGGAAUUUGCCUAUGCGCGAGCCAGAAAACCCGUUAUCAAGACGGAGGACGUGUCCGGAAUUGAGCGAUCAGGCUUCCGGAGCGCACUCGACAAGAGGAGCGAAGAGGUCAGGAAAGGCAUUUCAAAAGCUUUCACUUUUGGGAAGAAGAACAAGCAAGGCGGUACUGCUUCAUUGGGCCACCUGGAUCUGAGGCCACAAUCAGAUGCCACUAUACGAGCUUACCACGACCCAGAUCAAUCCGAUUAUGUCGAGUCGCCUUCGGUGCCCGUCCCAAAUCUGCCCCACGCCCUCAUAUGGGAUCUGCAAAUGCACGGGGCGGCCUUGUCACCACCACCAUCUGCCAAACUACCGCCAAUUCCUCCGCCCAGCAGCAUGCCCCCCAUCAAGCGAUGGAUUGGUGCCGGGAGGCCAGUGCAACGAUGGAAUAAGUUACGGAAGGACCCUGAGUUGUGGGAUCCCAACGGAGAUGUGUUAGUGUUCUUUGGUCAAAAAGGUCAAUCGCCGAGGCCGAAUCCGUCGUUCCGGCUCUCCUCGCACAUCAUCGAGGCAACUGAAUCCAGAUUUCUCAUCACCCUGCUAAGAGAAGGCUCAACCGAGGAAGACAUACAUAUGCCACCGUCCCCGGUUGGCGCACCACCCAUGCUACCCCGUCAUGGUAGCCAAAUGCACGCUGGGUACGGCCACGGUCGUGGUGGCCAGCCCACGCCGCCCAUAUCAGAAGACACCAGCCUCGGUGAAGCAGACGGACAGAUAUCCUAUGAAAUGUACUUCCCCACUCCGUCAAACAUGACUAAAACCAACGCAACUCUCCACCACGUCGCGACGCGCAACGUCUUCGCGCUCCUUUACCACGCCUCGCUUGUCGGCCUAUCACUGUGCCAAGCCCUUUCUGAUCUCCACGCCCGGCUUCAAAUAUAUAUGCCAUCUGAUAACGACAACGUCGGGACCAUUUUGAACUACCUCUCCGCUCGCGGUAUUGACGAUCCCCAAAACGACGUUGAGACGGCGGUUUCGCUGCUGGCGUGGUCAGAAUCCCCCGAGGUGCGGUGGGAAGAAGGCUGGCGGGAAGCUUUUCUCCAUUGCGCUGGCAUGUACGAUAGAGUCGAUCAAUGCGCCGACUUCAAAAGCAUCACGCCCAUCACACGCGCGCUACUUGAGCGAGCCUGUCUUGAGACGCAGCUUCGCGUGCAGGCGGCCGAGGAACGACUGGCGACCUUUGGGUACGGGGAUAUUUGGCCCUCAUCAGGCCCUAUCGCAACCGGCCCCGCCCGUGCUGCAGCAGAUCGAUUGCAGCAGUUCCUCACUGCUUAUUACACCAAAAUUUAUAGCAGUUGGCCCCCACCGGAGUGUGGAGCGAGGACGACAGACGGGGAAGAUAUGUGGCUCACCAGAACCGUGGCCCAACGACUACAGAAGGACUUUGGUGCAUUGUAUGAUUACCUUGUGAAUCGGGACAUAAUAUGGGAUGAGUCGGAGACGCGAAGCAGCAGGAAGUGGAUGAUGGUCUCGGAGAGCGGCAAUCGAGCCUUCGACCCGGACACGGCCGACCUGCCCCUCACCGACAUGCUCAUUGAGUUUGACAACCGCAUGCGCUUCCCACACAUCCCGCACCCGUAUCCGCUCGUCCCCGAUUCCAUCCCACCAGUCACUGCACCUGGCGCGGGCCGCGACAAGUCCAAAAAGGGAGAUAAGGACAAAGACAAGGAGAAGAACAAGGCCAACGACGACCGGAUCCUCGAGCGCCGUGUCCAAUUGGCCUACACCGAAGCAACCAACAUCUACGUCCUCGGCUCCGAAUUUACGCAUUCCGACCUCAUCGAAAACUUCGUCAAGUUCGAGAAAUCAGACCAAAUCGGCGCUGUCGACCCCUCGGCCGCCCGACGCGGCCGCUGGGUUCUCAUCUACGGCAUCCUGCAGACCCUCGCCAGCGUCUCAGUCGACUCCCCCAACGUCAGGUACAAGGACAGCGUCGCUUACCACUUAUCUCCCCGCCUCAAGGGCACCAAAACGCCCCCUUGGAAAGGCGUCUCGAGCCGCGCCGUCGAAGCCGCGCACGAGCUUUCGUACUGCUGGAUUGCACCCCGCUUGUGGAACAGCAACGCCGACGGC